AAAACCCACAACACAUCAAAAACUUCACUGAACACACUCCAAAAUCCAACAAACCAUGGCUUCCACCACCAUCUCCUCUCCCUCCUUCACCAAAACCGCAAGCCCUUCUUCUCUCCUCUCCCAUAACACCGUGUUCCGCCUGAACCCCCAACAACAUGCACGCAAAAACUUCAACCUCUCUCUCCGCGCAUCCAUGUCAGCAUCAUCACCAUCACCACCACCGUACGAUCUCCAGUCCUUCAAGUUCGAGCCAAUCAGGGAGUCGAUCGUGUCACGGGAGAUGACCCGCAGGUACAUGACAGACAUGGUGACGCACGCCGACACCGACGUUGUGAUCGUGGGUGCCGGUUCUGCCGGCCUGUCGUGCGCCUACGAGCUCAGCAAGAACCCGUCAGUCAACAUCGCCAUCAUUGAACAGUCUGUCAGUCCCGGUGGUGGCGCUUGGCUCGGUGGCCAACUUUUCUCUGCCAUGGUAGUGCGUAAGCCAGCACAUCUGUUCCUAGACGAGCUCGGCGUUGAGUACGACGAGCAAGAGAACUACGUGGUGAUCAAGCAUGCAGCGUUGUUCACUUCAACCAUCAUGAGCAAGCUCCUCGCCCGCCCCAACGUGAAGCUAUUCAACGCUGUGGCGGCCGAGGACUUGAUAGUAAAGAACAACAGGGUUGGUGGUGUUGUGACAAACUGGGCCUUGGUGUCAAUGAACCAUGACACACAGUCAUGCAUGGACCCAAAUGUGAUGGAGGCUAAGGUUGUGGUUAGUUCAUGUGGGCAUGAUGGGCCGUUUGGGGCCACAGGGGUUAAGAGACUCAAGAGCAUUGGGAUGAUUGAUAGUGUUCCUGGGAUGAAGGCACUUGAUAUGAAUGCUGCUGAGGAUGCUAUUGUCAAACUCACUCGGGAGAUUGUUCCUGGAAUGAUUGUUACUGGCAUGGAAGUUGCUGAGAUUGAUGGUGCUCCUAGAAUGGGUCCAACAUUUGGGGCAAUGAUGAUAUCUGGGCAGAAGGCAGCACAUCUGGCUUUGAGAGCACUGGGACUCCCAAAUGCUAUGGACAACGCUGCAAACAUCCCCCACCCUGAGCUUGUCCUUGCUGCUGCACAAUCUCCUCAUGUUGUUGAUGCUUGAAAUCAAUAUUCCAUUAAUUUGGAAUUCACCCCAAAUAAGAAAAACAAUUUAAAAUUAUAAUAACAAAUCUUUGUUUAGCUGUGUUAGUAAGUAGUGUCGUAUGCUGGUGGAUUGUGGGUUGGUUUAUGCGAGACUCUUAUAAAGUCUGUUAAUGACAUGAAUGUGUGUUGCCUA